AUGCCAUCUCCUUGUCGUGCAAUUGUUACGUCAGCUCCGAGGUCGGAUGGCCAGCCCAGUUUUGUCCUCGAGAAUCUAUCACUCCGCGAUCUCCGGGACGAUGAGUGCUUGAUCGAGGUGGUGGCCACCGGUAUGUGUCAUACAGACAUUGCAAUAGCUGCACGACCUAACGGGAUCUUUCCUAGGGUCCUAGGUCACGAAGGUUGUGGCUAUAUUAGAAAGAUCGGGGCUAAAGUCGGCGCUCAGUCCGUUCCUCCUACAGCACCUUUGCGGGAAGGUGAUCCGGUUCUACUUUCCUUUCCUUCCUGUGGAAGCUGUACCAGCUGCCAGAGCAGGCAUCCAGCAUAUUGUGUUUCAAGUUUUGCAUUAUGCUUCAACGAUUGUGGGCCAGCUUACACAAGGCGUACGGGAUCCGCGGGGGGUGAUGGAGACCCUGUAGCUGGCGGCUUCUUCGGCCAGUCCAGCUUUGGAAACCUGGCUGUCGCCAAAGAGAGCUGCAUAGUCAACAUGAACGGCAUUGUCAAGGAUAGGGAAGAGCUCAAGUUGUUUGCGCCCCUGGGUUGCGGUAUCCAAACAGGCGCCGCAACGGUCUCUAUCCUCGCACAGGCUAAGCCCAGCGACUCGGUUGCCAUCAUAGGACUCGGAGGUGUUGGCCUCGCGGGGAUCAUGGCUGCCAAGAUUAUUGGCUGUAAGCAAAUCAUUGCUAUCGAUCGUGUCGAGGAGAAACUACGACUUGCAAAAGAAUUAGGAGCGACUGUUCUGAUCAACAAUGAGAAAUGUCCUGCUGGAUUUUCGGAAGCUGUCCGGACAGCGACUAAUGGAGCAGGCUCUUCAAUCACUAUCGAUACUACUGGAGUGCUUCCUGUCAUUCAGCAGGCACUCGACAUGACUAGUGUUCUCGGUAAAAUGGUUUUGCUGGGGAUGUCAGGAGCAUCUAUUGAAGUUGAUAUUACGAAGUUCAAGAUGACCGGAAAAACUUUGCUUGGCAGCGUACAGGGGGACGCAGUAGGGUCAAUUUAUGUUCCACAGAUGAUUCAAUGGUAUCGUGAGGGACUGUUUCCUAUUGAUAGGCUUAUUACCUUCUACAAGGCCGAGGAUGUCAGCCUAGCACUUGAAGAUAUGAAAGCUGGGAGGACUGUUAAACCUGUUAUAUUUUGGGAGGAUAGUUAG